UCGAUGCCCGAUGAGAAUCUGCAACGCCCCUGCGACUUUUCAGCGGGCCAUGAACAUGGCUUUUCAGAAUUUCAUGCGGAAGACUCGCCUAGCGCAACGCAUCAUCAACUACUGCGUGAUUGUGUACAUGGAUGACAUCUUGGUGUAUUCGAGCUCCUACGAGGGACACGUGCAGCACAUUGAAUGGGCACUGCCUGCAUUACGAGAUGCAGGUUUCAAGGUGGCGCUUGAGAAGUGUCAGUUUUUUCUCACCACCAUUUCUUUCCUGGGGCACGUGGUGACAGACAAGGCACUCCAACCGGAGCCGCAGAAGGUGGCAGCUGUCAGGGACGCGCCAGUGCCUACCACUAUCACGCAAGUUCGCGCCUUUGUGGGCCUAGCCUCGUAUUACCGAAGAUUUAUCAAGGGCUUCGCGGCGAUUGCGGGACCCCUCACGAAUCUCCUGCGCAAGGAUCAGCCGUUGAUCUGGACGCCGGAGUGCGAUCAAGUGUUUUCCAAACUCAAGGCUGCUCUCAUUUCGGCUCCGGUCCUUAUAAGACUGGAUCCCGAAAAACCUUUUGUUCUCAUUACCGACUGGCAGCCAGAGGCGAUCUCGGCGAUCCUUGCCCAGGUGGGACCGAGCGGACUCGAGAGUGUAGUGGAGUAUGCGUCUAAAUCAGUGCCCGCCUGCAAGCGCAAUUACGCCGCUCCGACGGGUGAAUGCUAUGCGACUCUCUGGGGAAUCAGUCACUUCCGUGCCUACCUGUACGGGCGAAAAUUCACCCUGGUGACUGAUUAUGAGCCCCUGGUGGCCCUAAAGAAGUCGAAGGAUUACUCGGGCAUGAUCGGGCGAUGGGCAACGGUGCUGCAGAGCAUGGACUUUGACAUUCGUCAUCGAAAGCACGAGAGACACGAAAAUGCGGACGGACUGACACGACUGCAUCGGCCUGAGAAAGUUCCGAGGAAUGAGGAGGUGAUUCCGUGGAACGGCCCCGAGCAGAAGAUUGGACCUCGGUACGGCCAAGUGGAGAUUUUGUCAAAGCAAGUACAAGUGAAGUGGACGGGUACUAUCGAGCACCCCACGUGGAUCAAGAAUCCGGAGUUGCUGAUCAUACAGGGUUGGAGGACUAACGCGGAAGGAGAUCUUAUUGGAUUCCUCUUUGGAUCGGUACGACCGGGUCGCCGUCAGUUGAUUGCACAGGAGCUCAUUGCACCGAUCGUGCAAUUGGCGGACGAUCUCUCGCCCGGCAUCUACUUUCAAAGCGACAACAGUCCUGCUCCGUACAUUUUCGAGCGAUCCCUGGAUCCGUACCUUCAGUGGACUUCGUGCCUGGAGGAACCUAGGGACGAGGAUACCCUACCAUCGCGGCAGGAGUAUCUGAAGCCGUACGAGAUCAUCCCUUACGCCUUCUAUCCGAGGGCAGAGGAAGUGGUGAUCAACGACAAUGACGAAGAAGAAGACAACAACGAGGAAACAACGGAGGAAGGAAGCUAUAGUGAACAUAGCGAGGGCGAGCUGAGUGAGGAGGAAAAAGGAACCGGAUCCGAGUGGGAAGCCCCACUGGAGGAAGCGACGCGUACGGGAACGGAGGCGAAAGAUCCGGAAGCGGCGCGAAGGCGCUAAGAGAUUGCCUCCGGAAAGCGUCAUCUGGAGUUCGCUAGCGAGGCUAGCCUGCGCAUCGG